UGUGUAGUUACCUUCUACCCGUUUCCAAGUGUUAGCACAAUUUUAUUCUUCUCUUUGAUACCUCGUGCCAUCGAAUCUUCAAAGAGCUGCAACGUAUGGGGAAAUCAGCCGUUUGGCAGGGAAGUGCGCUCUUUGAGACUCCUUUCAGAGUGUCCGGGCCAGAUGACACUCGGCUUAUUUUCCACUUCAAAGUUUCAGUCUAGAUGA